AUGGCUGAACUGACGGGCUCGAUCUCGUCGAUCGGAGGUGGCGCGUCUGCCUUCCUCCCCUAUCAAACGACCAGCUAUAAUUUGCCGGCACCCUACUAUAACACUCCAAAUCAGCCGCCGCUGCCCUACACACGACAUAGAGAACAACCGUUCUUCCAUCUACCCUACCAAAGCUCUUCAACUGCUAUGCCACCUGACGGUCAACCGAAUUGUCCGGGAUUGAAUCGAGCGGAUCGGAAACGGAAUGAAGUAUCCCCGUUCCUUGGCUCAACACGUCGUGGUGCACUAUUUUGUCGGUCCGGUAAUUGGCUGGAAAUAAUCGACGAACGAACGAGCCAAUUAGAGCAACGACACGGUGGUAUCGGUGAUACGGUUCGGGGUACUCGACAAGAGGGUAGUCGAUUUAGUGUGCUUGAGUUUCUCUCCGUCGCUAUUGGUUUAGUCAGUAUUCGAGGAGAGGUCUCACAACGAUAUUUAUGUAUGGAUAGGGACGGGAAAUUGUAUGCAGCGGCGCCGCAAAAUUAUACGUCAGAAUGUGUAUUUCUCGAAGAAAUGAUGGAGAACUACUAUAAUUUGUAUUCAUCUUGUGCUCAUGGCACGAGAAAACGGCCGUGGUAUGUCGCAUUGCGUCGAACCGGCCGCAGUCGGCGGGGGAAAAAUGCACGACGGCGGAGGAAAGCAAGUCAUUUUCUAGUCGUGCACUAUGAUACCCCGCCACCGAGGAGUUUGGGCCAGUAUGAUUUGGGUCGAUUACUCGCUCCAUCACUGAAGCAUCAACCACCCAAAGAUCAUUCUUUUGUCAAACGACAAGAACUUGCGAAGGAGAUGCAAACACGAAUCGAUCGAAUACAGGAGCGUGUAUCAAACCGUCGACCGACACCUCCAACUCUGCGAAAAAUCCGCAAACGAAAACGUCGGCGGCAACAACGAUUAGAACGCGAACAACGCUUGCGACGGCAACGGCAACAGGAGUUGGAGAGGCUCCGUGAGGAGGAGCUUAUGAUGAAGCGUAGGCCAAAAUUGUCUGGUGCCGGCCUCCUUUGGUCUCGACCAUACUAA